GGAUACAGAGACUGCUUGAGCGCCAUAUUGGAGUGUAACUAACUAGCUAUUGUUAUAAAUAGGGUCGGGGCUGCUGCUGGCUGAGUUUACAUGUUUUCUACAAGUUUGUUCUAAGGAAAAGAGAAAGUUAUCGGUGGGUCAUGAAAGAAAUGUCAGCGAACAGUAACAGUAUGCAUGGCGGGCAGCAGCCUCAGAAACACUAUGGCAUUACCUCAUCCAUUAGCAUGGCCUUCCCCAGGGAGGUGGACCAUCAGUACACACACAAGCUCAGCGAGGCCAUGAAACCCUUUGGGGUGUUUGAGGAUGAGGAUGAACUCAACCACAGACUCGCAGUUCUUGGAAAGUUGAAUACAUUUGUCAAGGAAUGGAUUGCCGAGAUCAGUGAAACGAAGAACCUCCCACCAUCGACGAUAACCAAUGUGGGGGGGAAGAUCUUCACCUUUGGGUCUUACCGGCUUGGAGUUCACACUAAAGGGGCGGAUAUUGAUGCCUUGUGUGUAUCGCCGCGACACGUGGAGAGGACAGACUUCUUCGACUCAUUCUUUGCGAAGCUCAAACUGCACGAAGAGAUCAAAGACCUACGGGCGGUGGAGGAUGCCUUUGUACCUGUGAUCAAAUUCAAGUUUGACGGCAUCGAGAUUGACCUGCUGUUUGCGCGGCUGGCUCUGCAGUCCAUCCCAGAUAACCUGGAUCUGAGAGGAGACUCCCACCUGAGGAACCUGGACAUCCGCUGUAUCCGCAGUCUCAAUGGCUGCAGAGUGACAGAUGAGAUCCUGUACUUGGUACCAAACAAGGAGAACUUCAGACUAACCCUGAGGGCCAUCAAGCUGUGGGCCAAACGCCGGGGGAUCUACUCCAACAUGUUGGGCUUCCUGGGUGGAGUCUCCUGGGCCAUGCUGGUAGCCAGGACCUGCCAGCUCUACCCCAACGCUGUGGCCGCCACUCUCGUACACAAGUUCUUCCUCGUCUUCUCCAAAUGGGAAUGGCCAAAUCCUGUGCUUUUGAAACAGCCCGAAGACAGCAAUCUGAAUCUGCCUGUUUGGGAUCCACGAGUGAAUCCGUCAGACCGGUACCACCUGAUGCCCAUCAUCACGCCAGCCUACCCCCAGCAGAACUCUACCUACAACGUCUCCUCUUCCACACGCACCAUCAUGAGCGAGGAGUUCAAAUACGGUCUCAGUGUCACAGAUGACAUCCUUCAGGGGAAAACCGACUGGUCCAAACUGUUCCAGCCACCCAACUUUUUCCUGAAGUACAAGCAUUAUAUUGUUCUGACUGCCAGUGCUUCCACAGAAGAAAACCAAUUAGAAUGGAUUGGUCUGGUGGAGUCUAAGAUCCGUGUCCUGGUGGGGAACCUGGAGAGGAAUGAGUACAUCACCCUGGCACACGUCAACCCCACAUCCUUCCCCGGGAACAAGGAGAGCUGUAGCGAGAACGAGUUUGUCUCCAUGUGGUUCAUUGGGAUCAUCUUCAAGAAAGUGGAGAACGCUGAGAGCGUCAACAUCGACCUGACCUACGACAUCCAGUCCUUCACAGAUACAGUUUACAGGCAGGCCAACAACAUCAACAUGCUGAAGGAUGGGAUGAAGAUCGAAGCGACACACGUGAAGAAGAAGCAGCUCCACCAGUACCUUCCUGUUGAGCUGGUGCAGAGGAAGAAGAGGAGCAUAGUGGAGCUGAACCGGAACUCCAACGGCGGGAGUUCCAAGCGGUCCUCUCUCGACGGCAGUCAGCUGGACAGUUCCAGAGACACUGACUCCGGGACUCCCUUCAGCUCUCCCACCUCCGUCUGCAAGCCGUCCAGGCCGGCCGCCUCAGACACAGACGACAGUUUGACACCCCCCAAGCUGCCAGCCUCUCUGUUUGUGGAGAGCAGCUCCUCGGUGCCAGACGUCUCGCCACCCAGGACCGAUCCUGAGAAGGGGUUGUCCAUCCCCGUCAUUGGAUCAAAGUCCAAGCCCUCUGCCCCAACGGGCCCAGUCGGUAGCACCAUUCCUACGGUAGUGGGUAGGAGCGUGGUCUCUCUCGGCACUACAGAGCAGCACCAGAACGGAUCCAAGAGACUCCACUCCCCUACGCUGGAGGAUCAGUCCAAGAGGCUGAAAGACAGCGCAGAGCCGCUGGCUGAUGUGUUGACCUUCAAGGAGCCGUUCCCUCCAUCUGGCGACGGCAGGGAGCAAGGGGACGGAGUCCAAGUGGUGAGUCCUCCAGCAGGCAGCACCAUUCCUACAGUAGUAGGCAGGAGUGUUGUACCCUGCCUGGGCUCCUCUAGAGAUACAUCCGGCCCGACAGAGCAGAGCCAGAACGGAGCCACCGCUGCAGCCAAGAGACCUCACUCCCCCACACAGGACGGACCCCCCAAGAGGAUACGAGACCCUGCAGAUCUGCUGGUGUCCGGUGAUGACUCUGCAUUCAAGGAGCCGUUCCCUUUGUCUAGCGACGGCCAGGAGCAAGGGGACGGAGUGAACGUCGAAAGUCUUGGAGGGGUAAAGGCUAUGCCUAUUCCAACUAUCGACACAUCAAGAACACAGAGACUUCCCAGUAUGGAGCUGCCAGACGUGACCUCUCCCCUCCCCAGCAGUAACCACCAGCGGGUGGUUAAGAACUCCAUCAGACUAGCCCUCAACAGGCACAGGUAACCCCAGGUAACGCCCCCCCCCCCCCCCCCCCCCCCCCCCCCCCAAACCCCUUCCUUCACGAGGCCAGGACCUACAACACUGACUAGCUCCAGACCUGAGAGAUCCAAAAUCAAGACUACUGUGGUAAAACCUAGUGAGGAAGCCGAUUUUUAACUCUCCCGCUCACCCCACCCUGUCACUGGACGAUGUGCAAACGACAGUCCCUUGUUCCCCCCCCCCCCCCCCCAAAAAAAAUGUCAUCUCUGUUUCUAUGGUCCCCUUCCCAGUUGAGCCUGAAGCAGAAAUUAAAAUGCUGAUUUAAGAUUGGGUUGGAGAAGAGUUGGAUUUAUUUAUUUAUUUUUUGUAAAUUUCCCCCCCCUCUUCCUUUACUGUGUGUAGUUUUUAAAUGGCCUUAACGUGUCGAUGCUUGCUACUACACCUGUCUGUACCAUCCUACUGUUUUGACAAAUGGGAAAGUUCUACAGUAGGUGUAGUUUAUUGUACAUAGCUCGUCUUUAAAAAAAAAAUUAAAAAAAGAAUCACAGACGUUUAGUCUUUCCAUACAGCUGUUAUAGUUUUAUGAUCUAAAAUGAAGAAAAAAAAAUGUUUAAAAAAUGUAUUGCCCCCCCCCCCACUGUUUGUCAACCACAUUACAACGUGACCUUGAUAGCCAAUCUCAGCCUUCCCACCCAGUAGACUCAGCAACUUGGGUUGUGUUCAUUUGGGCCCAACAUAUGAAAAUGUUUUGCAACAGAAACCUAAAAUGAGCAUUCCUUUUUGGAUAAGUUCAGAUGGUACCUCCCUUUUUUCUUCCUGUAUAUUCCCCCCUCUAGGUUAACAGGACCUCCUGUGUAUAUUCCCCCCUCUAGGUUAACAGGACCUCCUGUGUAUAUCCCUUCCUCUAGGUUAACAGGACCUCCUGUGUAUAUCCCUUCCUCUUGGUUAACAGGACCUCCUGUGUAUAUCCCUUCCUCUUGGUUAGCAGGACCUCCUGUGUAUAUCCCUUCCUCUAGGUUAGCAGGACCUCCUGUGUAUAUCCCUUCCUCUUGGUUAGCAGGACCUCCUGUGUAUAUCCCUUCCUCUUGGUUAGCAGGACCUCCUGUGUAUAUCCCUUCCUCUAGGUUAACAGGACCUCCUGUGUAUAUCCCUUCCUCUUGGUUAGCAGGACCUCCUGUGUAUAUCCCUUCCUCUAGGUUAACAGGACCUCCUGUGUAUAUCCCUUCCCACUAGGUUAACAGGACCUCCUGUGUAUAUCCCUUCCUCUAGGUUAACAGGACCUCCUGUGUAUAUCCCUUCCUCUAGGUUAACAGGACCUCCUGUGUAUAUCCCCCCCCCGCCCCCUCUAGGUUGGUUAACAGGACCUCCUGUGUAUAUCCCUUCCCACUUGGUUAGCAGGACCUCCUGUGUAUAUCCCUCCCUCUUGGUUAGCAGGACCUCCUGUGUAUAUCCCUCCCUCUUGGUUAGCAGGACCUCCUGUGUAUGCCCCCCCCCCCCCCUCUAGGUUGGUUAAAAGGACCUCCUGUGUACAUCCUCCCUCUUCGUUAAAGGGCCUCCUGUAUGUUCUCUCUCAAGCUUUGACACCCACUAGAAUAGAGAACCAACUCUCCUGGAGAUCUACUGGGUAUUGUAGGCUUUUGCUCCAGCCCUGCACUAGAUUCACACAACUGAUACAGCCAACCAGGGUCCUGAGGGGCAGAUCAUUAGUAGAAUCAGGUGUUUUUAUAGUAGGGUUGGAACACAACCCUGCGUGCGGUAGGCUACUGUUCCCCAGGCAGCUCUAGAACCCAGGGAAUGUACUGAACAUGAGGGACUGGACGGUUGUGUUGCGCUAGCAGGGUCAUGGUUGUGAAGUGGUUCACCGCUGGAUUUGUGUUACGGAAAGGGUUUCAAGCUUUUGCUGGUGUGUGUGUGUGAGGAUGUUGGUGUACAUGAGUUAGUGUGUGUGUGUUGUAAUUCCCUCAGUGUGGGGUGUUGAUCCUCUGCACCUCCCGUGGAGGUUCUUAAACAUGGCGUCUCCUGGGGUCAUCCUGGGCUGAGUCCCAAAAAGCACCCUAUUCUAUAUAUAGUGUACUACUUUUGACCAGAGCCAUAAAUGGCCCUGGUCAAUAGAAGUGCCCUCUGUAGGGAAUAGGGUGCAAUUUCAGAUGCGGUCUGGUCGAGGAGUUGACCUCUCAAAUCAAAUUUCAGGACUCAUACUCACAAAAUGUCUGAGUACGAGUGCUGAUCUAGGAUCAGGUCCCCCUUGUCUAUAUAAUGUUGUUCGUUUUAAGCAAUCGGCCACGAGCGGGUGUGGUAUACGGCCAAUAUUCCGCGUCUAUGGGCUGUUCUUAUGCGCAACGAGGAGUGCCUGGAUACGGCCCUUAGCCGUGGUAUAUUGUCCAUAUUCCACAAACCCCCGAGGUGCUUUAUUGCAAUUAUAAACUGAUUAUCAACGUAAUUACACUAGUAAAAAAUAAAUGUUUUUGUUAUACCCGUGGUAUAUGGUCCGAUAUACCAUGGAUGUCAGCCAAUCAGCAUUCAGGGCUUGAACCACACAGCUUAUCUGAUUUUUAAAUGUCAAAACCGACUGUAGAUCAGCUGUGGUGCUCUGAGGCCCUUUUGAGUACAAGCCCUGCUCUCUGUUAAACAGUGAUCUCUCUCUCUCCAUUCUACCCUGGUUCGGUGUACAGAAAGCAUCUGCUUGCAUCCCAAAUGGCACCCUAUUCCCUACAUGGGGCUCUGGUCAAGAGUAGUGCACUAAAUAGGGAAAUAGGGUGUUAUUUGGGACUCACCCUAUGUAUUAUAACAGGUGUAUUCUCUUCAUAUCUUUUUGUUUUCUUAUUGCUUUGUGUGUAUUUGUACGGUUUUGUAUCAUCUGCUCUAACAGCUGAAGCCUCUCAAUGACUUUUACACCACUCGGUUUUCCAACAGCUUUCUCUGUGCUUUUUGAGAAACAAUUAAACAGGUCAUUUAUCCGUUGUUUUUUUUUGUAGGGCAACAAGUUGUAUUGGAAAAAGGUAUUUUUGUAUGUAUUGUCUAUCACCUUUAAACGAGACCAUUAAAUCCAUAAAACCCCUA